AUGUCAUAUCUCAAUGCUAAACGAUGGGAAAAUUUCCUUCGAGCAAAUUUACCACAAUUGGACAAGUUUUACUUGAAAAAAACUGUUCAUUUUGCUGAUGAUUAUCCCACACCGAUGUAUCUUGGAGAACGAAAUGAAUUUAGUUCCACAUAUUGGCUGGAAAAACGGUGGAUAUUCAAAGUUGAAAAUGAUUUCGAAAAUUUAAUCUCUUCAAUUAAACCAUAUAAAAAAAACUGGGCAGAUCUUCAUCUUCAUUGCAAAGAUUGUCAACAUGCCGAAUCACUUGUUGGACUUAUUUUAACUCAAAUUCAAUCAAAAGCGGAGGAUAAACUACGGUUAUUUUCAUUCGCGAUGCCAAAGAUUAACAAUAAUAUGGAUGAAUAUUUAACAAAAUUCAUCAGAGAAAAUCAAUUACUUGAUGAUUUUACUGUUGAACAGAUUAAAAAUGAUGUUUACAUCAAAUGGACAUCGUUUUAG